UUUUUUUACUUACAAACAAGUAACCUUUAGAGAGCCCUGAUGUGGAGUCCUGCGCAUCCCUAGCAUCAUCCGGAAAGACCCAUUUACCCACUGUCAUUCCAUCUGGAUACUACCGGGCCAGUUAUGUUUUGUUUUUUGUUUUUUAUCGGUAAAUGGCAUCAUUUAGGGCAAACUAUCUGAUAGUGUGAUACUGACUGCAACAGAAAAUCGAAAACAUCGAAGACCUUCUCGCGUCUCGGGUGAACAACGUUUUUCGGAAUUAUCUGAUUACUCAGAGAAUGAGUAUCGGGGCAAGCUGGUAAAUCAGCGCUGGACGAGAGGAGACAAGAUCAGCCGCUGCCAGCCCUCUCUCAGAUCGCAGAAUCGUGCAAUCAAAAUGAGCUUGGACAUUGAUGACAAGCGUGCAUGCACACGGUCCAAGGGAGGACGAACUCCCACCGAGAUUAUAGUCCAGGAGCUGAGCUGCCCUACUCCAGGAUGCAAUGGUUGUGGUCAUGUCAGUGGCAAAUAUGCACGACACAGAAGUACAAUGAGUUGCCCUAUUGCCAGAAAAAGGAGGCUCCUGGAGGAGUCAGAACAGAAUCACUCACCAUCCAAGAGGAAGUCCCACCCAUUGAAGUUGGCAAUGGAUGGAUGCUUUAAUGAAGAGCGUGAGGGGAGCAGUGAGGAGAUAGAGGUAAAGGAAGAGGAUGAGGAAGAAGAGAGCAAAUCUCUUCAGCUGCAUAGAAAUCAAGAGCAUGCAGGAGAAGAAGAGCAGGAAGCUAGAGACAGAAGCCCCAACAUAGGAGAAGCAGGUGAUGAAGAGGAGUGUGUGAUCAUUGAGGCAUCUUGCACAAAGAAGGCUAAAUCUGUUGAAACAAAUGACCUUUCCAAUUAUGAGCAUAUAGUAGCCAACUCUCUACUGCACCUCAGCAGCCACAAUAACCAUACCACAUCACCUCAAAAACAAGAACAAAAACAGCAACAACAUUCUGUGGCCAUAGAGGAAAAUAUGGAUAGAUCAACCAUACCAGAAGAGGAGGAAAACAGAGAGGAAAAGAGCACUGGGAAGAAAUGUGAAUGCCAAAUAUCAUCCACUGUGAAUGGACUGAAUGAGAAACUAAAGGACGAAAUGGUGAAGGAGGAAGUGAAUGGAAGGAAGGAAGAGUCAGACCACCAGUAUUUCACAGAGGAAAUCAGUAAACAGCUUUCAGAGAAUGACAAGAAGCCACAGGGAGAGAAAAUCUGGAAGGAAGAGUAUGACAAUGAUAAAGAAGUAAAAGAUCAAAAGUUGGACAAGUACAGCCACACUGACCCCUAUGUAAAUCAUGCAACUCAGGGCUCCCAAAAGGAGGACUACAGUACCCACAAACCCCUCUCACCACAGAGUUGUAUAUCCAGCCAGGUCCCAGCAGCUCCAAUGAUCAUCGAAGUGCGGUCUGAGGAAUCAGAGAAGGAUGAAGAAAACGGGGAUGAUGAAGAGGAGGAACCGUCAGUGAUGGCUGAAGAGUCAGAAAUGUAUGACAUGAUGCGGGGAAACCUGAGACUUUUAGAGCAGGCUAUCGCUCUCAAAGCCCAGCAGGUCAAAGGUAACAGAGAGUUCACAGCCAUCUCUGAGCAUCAUCGAUACUUCCCUCUAGAUGAUCGACCCACCAAACACAUGGAGCUGCUGCGCAAGAGUUACUAUUGCAAAGAAAGUUCAAGGUCAGAGAAAAGAGAGGUCAAAUGCCCCACCCCAGGCUGUGAUGGCACCGGUCACGUAACCGGACUGUACCCUCACCACCGCAGUUUGUCUGGCUGUCCUCACAAAGACAGGAUCCCCCCAGAGAUCUUAGCCAUGCAUGAGAAUGUUCUGAAGUGCCCUACGCCUGGUUGCACAGGACAAGGCCACGUCAACAGUAACCGCAACACACACCGCAGUUUAUCUGGAUGUCCAAUCGCUGCUGCUGAGAAGCUGUCCAAGAGCCACGACAAGCAGCAGCUGUUGCAGCCACAGACAGAACAGCCCAAAAGCAGCCCGAACACAGAGAGAGUGCUCAGACCCAUGUGCUUUGUGAAGCAGCUUGAGAUGCCACAGUGUGGCAGCUAUAGGGCAGCCAGCAUGGUUCCAAACACACCCCGUGCUAACCUGGCAAAAGAGCUGGAGAAGUACUCUAAGGUCUCCUUUGAUUAUGCAAGCUUUGAUGUGCAGGUAUUCGGCAAGCGUGUACUUGCCCCACAGAUACACACCAGUGAAAACUCACCCAAAGCUUUCAAAACCAAACCUCCAUUCCCCAGGACUUCCCCCCCUAGUCCCAGCAUGCAAAGCACCUAUGGAAAGAGUUCAUGUGGAGCCCAUGAUUACUCCCAUGAUGCUGAGGCUGCACACAUGGCCGCCACAGCCAUUUUAAACCUGUCUACAAGGUGCUGGGAAAAACCUGAGAACCUCAGUACCAAACACCAAGAUAAGAACCUGGAGAUUGAGGUGGAUGAAAAUGGCACUCUAGAUUUAAGUAUGAAGAAGCCCAUAAACAAAGAGGGAGGCCCAUUGAGCACAAGCCCAGGCAUGCGCUCCCCUGCCCUCUCUUCAUCAUCCUCAUCAUCCGGGCGCCAUGGCAACACGGCCAUCUCACCCCACUUACAGGCCUACAAGCAGGAGGAGUGGGAGGGGCCUCUGGAUUAUACCAAACCAAAUCGGCAAAGGGAGGAGGAGCUAGAGGAGAUGGAACAUACAGCCCACUCUUUUGUCUCCUCUGAUGCUGAGGACUGUGAUAUGGCUCAGGAGUGCUUAGAGGACAGGAAGUAUCCUGGUGAGGUCACAUCCCCCAGCUUCAAAGUCAAGUUCCAGCCCAGGGAGUGCAAGAAAGAGCUCCUAAUGUGUCCCACUCCUGGCUGUGAUGGCAGUGGCCACAUAACCGGAAACUAUGCAUCACAUCGAAGUCUGUCUGGGUGCCCUCUUGCUGAUAAGAGUCUUCGCUCCCUCAUGGCAGCACAUGCAACUGAACUCAAGUGCCCAACGCCAGGAUGUGAUGGUUCUGGCCACAUCACUGGUAACUACGCUUCACAUCGAAGUUUGUCUGGGUGUCCUCGUGCCAAGAAAGGUGGAAUCAAAACAACACCUACCAAGGAAGACAAAGAAGACUCUGAACUCUUAAAGUGCCCAGUACCAGGCUGUGACAGUCUGGGUCAUAUCAGUGGGAAGUAUGCCACCCACCGCAGUGCAUAUGGGUGCCCACUGGCUGCACGGCGCCAAAAAGAAGGCAUGCUGAAUGGCACACCUUUCUCCUGGAAGGCCUUCAAGACGGAGGGGCCCACCUGCCCCACACCAGGCUGUGAUGGAUCUGGCCAUGCCAACGGCAGCUUCCUUACUCAUCGCAGUCUCUCCGGCUGUCCUCGUUCCUCACUGGCUAAGAAAAAAGCCAAGUUUCCUGGGGAGGAAUAUAUAAAUACCAAGUUUAAGGCCAGUGAUGUGCUAGAUAAUGAUGAAGACGUUAAGCAACUCAACAAAGAAAUCAGUGACCUCAGUGAGUCCAACAACGAAAUGGAAGCUGAUAUGGUCAACCUUCAAACACAGAUAACAUCCAUGGAGAGGAACCUAAAAAACAUUGAGCAGGAAAAUAAGAUCAUUGAGGAGCAGAAUGAAGCACUGUUUAUGGAGCUGUCAGGACUCAGUCAAGCUUUGAUACGCAGCUUGGCCAAUAUCCGUCUGCCCCAUAUGCAGGAACCAAUCACAGAGCAGAAUUUUGAAAACUAUGUGAGUACGCUGACUGACAUGUACACCAAUAAAGACUGCUACCAGAACCCUGAGAACAAGGCACUGCUCGAGACCAUCAACCAGGCAGUGAAAGGCAUUAAAGUGUGACCCUGAGGCAUCGCUCACUAGAGGCAUAGAAGAAGAACGAUGUGUGUAGAAGCAAAGAAAGUAUGUGCAACUGGUACACACAAAAAUGGGCAUUCAGGUGUUUUUAAUUAACAAUGGCCUUUAUCCCAGGGAGCAUUCUGUGACAAGAGAAAAAAAGAAAUAUGUAUAUAAGUUCCAAAUUCCACAAACGCUGCUGGAUUGAAAGCAGAGGACGAGAAGAUCACAACCAAAUCCUCUUGUUUGGCCAGAGGGGGAAAAAAGAGAAGCUUGUUUUUGUUUAUUUUAACCACACAAUAAAAGGAGUGUUUUGCAUGUCUUUGAGAAUGCAGCUGAGGAUGAAGAAGAGAAUGUGUACUUCAGCGUUCACAAGAGCCAAAUCAUUUGGAUGGAAUUAUCUUUGUAUUGUGUAUGGGAGACCACUGGCCCUUUAUCACAGGACAUGCAGCACUUCCUGUAGUGAAUCAGCACAGCUUCAGGUCAUUGAGGCCCAUUGUACCUGUUUCUCCACAAGCUCCUGUGCACAUUCUGGUCAUAGAAAGAACACAAUGUGGGUCUUUAAGCUGUGUGAUAUUCAUGUCAGACACCAUCUGGUUAACUCUACAGUGUAACCGUCAAACCACAUGCCUCCAAAUUUCAGCCAUUAUAUUUAUAAAUAUAUAUUUUAUUAUUAGUUCUAGAGAAAUGUUUAGGUUUUAGAUUGCCGGAGCACUAGUACAUUCUCAUUCAUUUGCAUUAUUUAUGCUAGAGUAAUAUAAUGUAUUGCUACUCAGUUAAAUCCACUCAUAUCUGUUCUAUUUAUUAACAAUGAAUUGCACUUCUAUUCAUUUAACAGUUUCUAGGGUUCAUUGUCAAUGUUUUAUAAAUUAUUCAGACAGUAAUUUAUGUUAUGUAUUCCUCUCUUAAUAUAUGUAACAGUCAUUUAUUUAUGUAUUGAUAUGUUUUUCUAUUGUUUUUUAUUUUGUUUUUUUCUUUAUUUUUUAUUUAUUUGAACUCACCUCCUGCAUUGAAAAAAAACAAGUAUGAAACAAUGCACCCUACCCCGUUCCAUUUCGAAAUGAACGCAAAUAUAAAAUAAGAAAAACUUUGAAAACUAUUUUCCAUUUUUUAUAUCUGAUUUUCUUUUGAGAAUAGAUUUUUAAAACUUUUUUUAAGUGAAAAUAUUUUCAACUGACAAGGUUUUUUAUAAUUAAAUAAGGCUGUCAUUUUUUUUCCAUUAUAGAUAUUUUUUUUUUCCACAAAACCUGAGAGAUCCAAAACCUUAUGGAGAAGUAUAAUGUGUAUUUAUUAUUUAUUUUAUAUUUAUGAACUAAUGAACUGUGAUAUGAUUGUACUGUAUAUUUAUUUUGUAAUGUUUCUGUGUGUUCAUUAUAAGAGAGUCUUAGUAGUCUCAUACUUAAAUAAAGACAGAAGUCACACUUGGACAAAAAAGGUUCUUUAAAUGCCAGCAAAUCUUCCGAUGGGAAUGUAAAGACAAAAAAGCAAUUCUUUAAAACUCAGAGCUUCCUAAAACAUGAAAAGGAAGUAUUGUAAAAGGAAAUACAAUUUUCUGGAAUCGCUUUUACUGAGUUUUACCACUUCAGGGUCAUGGUUCUACCUAUGAUGCAUGGUCUGUCCAGGAUGGUUCUUAAAUGAUGACAGCUGAUAAUGUUUUUGCUCUCAGUUCGUCUGUAUGUUUAGGCAAUGAGAUAUAUGUUGAAAGAAUAUGGAAAGAGUGGUAUGUGUUGGUAAAAGUUGGUCAAACAUUAAUAGAAAUCUUUGAACCACAAUGUCUUCACUCAGCUAGCAUCAGAUGAGCAUACACCCACGUAGCCUUAUUCUUGAUUUUAUUUAUUUAUUUAUUUUCUAAAAUGCAAAAAGUGCCACUAACCAAUACGUUUUUUUUCUUGACUCCUCCCAUUCGGAAACCACACGAUUCUUGAAUCACAUGAUGUAAGAAGUGUGGUAAUUGUUACCGUUGCCUUUAUUUCCUUGCCACUAUGGCCAUAAUUACACUAUAUAUACAUUCUGUAUAAAAAAAAGACAAAACAAUUAUAUAGAGAAUAUAAAAAACAUACAUAUAUUUUUCCAGUGUAAUUGUUAACACUCUUAUUGUAGCUUAUAAAAGAAAUAUCUUUUGAAAAAAAAACUGUGAUUAUUACUACCAAUAGGCGAAAAAAAAAAACGCUAAUGAACCAUUUUACUGUGGUGGCAAGAUACAAUGUGUUUUAUAAUUUACAUAGGUAAAUUUUUAAAUCUAAAAAUGUUGGGGUUGUUUGUAAAAUUUCCUAUUUUUUGAGGUGUAUUAGGUCCAUGGUUGUUGGGCUUCUCUUUGUAUGUCAUGCUCAUGGGACAGUGGUGUAAUGGUAGUCAAUUCUUUACCCAUCUUGGCGUUACAUUAGGUCUGUAUCUGUGAAGACUCAUCAUAGUGUGCUAAAAAGGUGGUGGUCCUUCUCUUAGUAUUGUGUGGUGUUGUGUCAGGUCUGGUGGGAGCAGCUUUGUUUAGCUAUUUAUCUCCAAUGCUAAAUGUGAUAAAAAAUAAAAUAAAAUAGAAAGCAGCGUGAUUGUUGUUAGCGAGUUGUGAAAUGAACAUUGUGCCUCCUUAUAUGACCGGAAUUUUUAUGUCUCCACCUAUAUGCAGUAGACAUAGGCAUGUUGUUCAUUAGGUGUUAUAAUGGUGACAUUACGCAAAGAUGGUGUGUGUUCUUUUCAAAUAGUUACCAGUAUUACCAGUUGAAAACCUUUUAACCAAAACGUUUGAAAUGGAAACGGAAGAUUCAUUUUAGCUAAUGGACAUCUAUCCAUCACGCCAAAAAGAAUUGGCUAAACGAAAAAUGUCUGUGUCUUUUAUCUUUGUUGAUGUCCAGUGCAAUUCUGUCUAUGAUGUGUAUGAUUCACUUAAACUCAUUUAUUGAGGAUCUGUUUCAACAGGCUUCAAUUUGAGCAUUUAGAAGGGUGAGGUCAUCAAGUCAGAGCAGCUAAUAUAAACCGUUUGGAUCGAGCCCUGAAUCAGAACUGAAUAUAAAGAGAAAAAAAAACAAGGUCGAGCUUAAGCAUUUUUAUUUGUCAUUGAUAUGCUGCUCGACUUCUCUCACUCUUGCACUGAGAAAAUGGAAGAGAUGUCGGUUGCAUAAAUUUAUGUCCAUACUGUAUAAUGUCCCUGGCCUUAUUCUCUCCUUCUCUGUAACCUUUCCCUAGGAACAGUGUGGCAUUGCAUUUAAAUAUGAAACUGCUCACUACUGUUUUGCUUUACCAGAAUAUUAGGAGAACUUGGGGAAUUAAGGUACUCUUGUAAUCCUUUUUGCUGUAGUACCAGCUCAUCCUUAAGGGCCAGAAGUGAAGCUUAAUAAUCCCAGUGCUAGAAUUCCUGAUACACUUUUUCAAUAAUAAACCACUUUCAUUUGAAUAUGUUAACUUGUGAUAAAAAAAAUUAAAAAAAAUCGUAAGAACUGGCAUAUAAGAUUGUCAUGCAUUAGGAUAGGAAAAUCUAGCCCUAAGAAUUUAAUGUUAUGUAAUAGGAUUACAACAGACAUACCAUAAACAUGUAUGAUUUAAUAUACAUGACAUGCUGUUUAAUUCAACAUGGUUCCAUAUUUGCAAAUUCACAAAUAAUAUUUUAUUAGAAAUAAGUCAGUCUUUUCUUACCGUUCACAAAAACAGUAAUGUAACCAGCUUUCUACAUGUUUUAUUCUUUAUGAAUGGUGAAUUUGAUAGAGUUUCAUAAUGUAGCCUGUUUUCUGAAACAUUAAGCCAUCUUGUUAAGCCAAGUGUAGCACUAUAAUUGCAUCUCCCUGUUAAAAGCUCAGAAUGACCUGGAUAACAGAAAGAUUGAGUUUUGUACAUGAGAAACAGAAACUAUUUCAAACUAAACACUUCAUGUAAGAUUUAAAAAAAAAUGGAUUAGAGUAAAAUAAAAUAGCCAUGAUGUCCAUGGUCAUGACCUGAAAGACAACACCUGGGUUCUAAACACAUACUGAGUAGUAAGACAUGCUUGAUAAAAUGAUUAAGCUGAUGUAACCAAAAUGGCCCUCGAUUUGUAGGCGCCAUCUUAUCCUACAGCUCUGUGGUGUUCUCGUCUGUGCCUUUUCUUACUUCACUUAGCUGCAGGAAAAGGUGUGUUUACAUUUUGAAUAAUACGUUUAAUUAACACUCAGGGUGCCAUUUUUUUUCAGGGUCUGAGAGGGAUUGGAGACAUUAGUACUGCAUGUUUCUUCAAACUGUUACCAUUUAUAUCUUGUUUUUUGUUUUUACAUGAAAAAAAUAACAAUGUCUAAGAAAGAAAAUCUUCCCAAGAACAUUGCAGAAACUGUGACACAAAUUCCUGCUGUUAAUUGCACGGCUGGUUAUUUAGGGUAUUGAGGGAAUUGUAAAAGGUAAAAAAGGCAACUGUGCACAGGGCAUUGUUUUAAUCGCAGUAGAAGUCUGUACAUUUGUAAUAAAGGAACAGUGUUGUAUUACUGAAACAAACCCCCCCUCCAAAAAAAAAAAAGUAAUAGCUUGUGACAUUAUCUACAGCCAAAGCUUGUCCUGCUGAGUCCUUUUUACAGAGAUAAAGUAUUUUUGCUGGUGAUUUUGUAGACGUUGGUACUUCCAAAAAAUAAUAAUAAUAAGCACUUCCUCACAUAUAGAUUGUAUAGAUUUUCAUCUGAUUUCUUUGUGAACAUGUUUUGUAGAGUGGGACAGGCUAUGGCUGUGGCACUUUCACAGCUUCAUUUGGAAAGUGUGUAGCUGGAUUUGGAUUGUGACCGUGUUUGUGUACUGUUGUAUCUGUGCUCCCCCAAUAUUAGUGUUACAGGAACAGCAAUGUCUUUUUGUUGUGGAAACAUCUUUCAUUUGUUCAUUUCAGUGUUAUCUAUGGACAACUUCGAAAUAAAGUGGACAA